GGGGAGGAAAGAGGAGGGGAGGAAAGGAGCCCUGCGAGUGCGUAAAAAAGUCCUCGCCUUGGUGACGGAUGCUCAAAAGUUCAAGAGUUUUUCCAAAUGCUUCUCCGAGCAGCGCGCGGCUGAAAAGAGACUGUAGGAGAAACGGAGGCAGGAGGCCGCGCUGAACAACCGCAGACCGCUUGGGGAAGGUGGUUUUUUGGGGGUCUUUUUUUUUCUUACUUGAGUCCGAGAAAGAGAAAGAGAGAGAGAGAGAAAAUAUCCGGUCUCUCGCGCCCCUCCAACCAACGCACGCUUCUUCUUCUUUUUUGUUUCCUUCGCCUGCCUCGGUCUUUAUUCCUUUUUUAAAGGAAGAAAACUCAACCUGUUGUCCACCUCCGUGGAAGAAGAAAAACAAGAGGAAGGAAAGGCGCUCGGGAAAUAAGCGACGAGGGGGUUUUGUGCGCUCUGCUUUACGCAAAGGAGCGCGCGCGACUCCAGUUUCGCCCUCGAUGGAAGUAACUGGCUUUUCCUCUCGGCGGCGGCCGCUUCCGUGGAAGCUCGGCGCCUUGUUUUAAGAAGAACAAGAAGGAGUAGCAGCAGCAGCAGGAAGAAAAGGAGACUUAUUUCCCCUCCCUACGACCAUCAUCAACCCACCCCCCUCUCCUUUCCAUUUAUUUAAUUUUUUGGCCCGCUUGAGUGGGGGAGGGGAAAGCAGCAAACUUUAACGGGACCCCGAAGUUUUCGUCCGCUUGCUCGCUCCCUUUUCGGGGGAGGAAGCGGGGCGGAAAGGAAAGAUCCUGGUCGCCUCUUCUGGUUUAUACUUUUUUGGCUCUGGAGCUGCGGAGGGGUGGAGGGGGGAAAGCAAAGGCGGAGGCGGCGGAGGAGGAGGAGGAGGCGGCGGAGGAGGAGGCGGAGGAGGCCAGUCUGCUGCUGCUGCUGUUGCUGAAGCUGCUGCCGCUUGGUCCGGCUGGCUGGCUGGCAGGGAGGCCAUGCAGGCGCGCUACUCGGUCUCCAGCCCCAACUCGCUGGGAGUGGUGCCAUACCUGGGCGGCGAGCAGAGCUACUACCGCGCGGCGGCCGGAGGGGGCUACGCGGCCAUGCCGGCCCCGAUGAGCAUGUACUCUCCGCACCCGGCGGCCCACGAGCAGUACCCGGGCGCCGGCGGAGGAGGAGGAGGCGGAGGUGGUGGUGGAGGCGGCAUGGGCAGGCCGUACGGCCCUUACCCGCCUCCGCCGCAGCCCAAGGACUUGGUGAAGCCUCCGUACAGCUACAUCGCUCUCAUCACCAUGGCUAUCCAGAACGCGCCGGAUAAGAAGAUCACGCUGAACGGCAUCUACCAGUUCAUCAUGGAGCGCUUCCCCUUCUACCGGGACAACAAGCAAGGCUGGCAGAACUCCAUCCGCCACAACCUGUCGCUCAACGAGUGCUUCGUCAAGGUGCCCCGAGACGACAAGAAGCCCGGCAAGGGGAGCUACUGGACCCUGGACCCGGACUCGUACAACAUGUUCGAGAACGGCUCGUUCCUGCGCCGACGGAGGCGCUUCAAGAAGAAAGACGCCGUCAAGGACAAGGAGGAGAAGGAGCGCCUCCAUAGCAAGGAGCAGACGCAGCAGCAGACGGCGACUCGACAGCAGCAGCAGCAGCAGCAGCAAGACGGAGGUGGGCAGCAGCAGCAGCAGCAGGCGCCUCCGGUGAGGCUGCAGGACAUCAAGACGGAGAACGGCUCGACGUCGCCCCCUCGAGCGCUGUCCCCGCUGGGAGGCGCGCCCGUGGCCAAGAUCGAGAGCCCCGGGAGCUCCAGCGCCAGCAGCCUCUCCAGCGGAGCGGGGAGCCCGCACGGCAGCGGCGGCGGCAGAGCACUGGGCUUGGACCCCCCGACGGCCGCCGCCGAAGCGCCUCCCAGCCAGCACCCGCACGCCCACCACCCGCACCACCACUCUCACCCGCACGCCCAUCAUCACCAUCACCACCACCCGCAUCUCCACCACCCGCCGCCGCCGCCCCACCACCACCCCGGAGGGCCCCCCGGGGGGGCGGGCGCCGGCGGCUUCAGCGUGGACAACAUCAUCAUGACCUCCCUGCGCGCUUCCCCGGGGCAGGGCGCCGGGGAGCUCUUGGCUUUGCCCCCGACGGCCUGCACCGCAGCCCCGCCGUCGUCGUCGUCGUCCAGCCCCUCGAGCGCCUCGACGUCGCGGACCUCGGCGCUGCCGCCGCCUUCGCUGGCGCUCAGCAGCUGCUAUUCGCCGGCUGCGGCUGCGCAGAGCGCGCUCUACAGCGCCCCCUGCAGCCAGGGCGUCAACACGACGGGCAGCAGUGCCAUCACGCAAGCCGGCGGCGGCGGCGGCGGCGCCAAUAGUUAUCACUGCAACUUGCAGGCCAUGAGCCUCUACGCGGCCGCUGCUGCCGCCGCUGCCGCUGCUGCCGGCGGAGAAAGAGGCGGCGGAGGCCACCUGAGCGGCAGCCCGGUGGAGCAGGACCCCCUUCCCGAGUACAGCCUGGCGGCCAGCAGCAGCAGCAGCGCCUCUUCCCUCAGCCUGAGCCCUCAGGAGGGGCACCCGCAAGGCGGCGGCGGCGGACGCCUGGCUUCCUGGUACCUCAACCAGGCCACGGCGGUGGGCGAGCUCGCCCAUUUGGCGCCCGCCUCAGCCGCAGCGGCCGCGGCGGCUGCUGCUGCUGCGGCCGCUGCCGCCGCCGCCUCGUCGUCCCCGUCGCCGUCGCCGUCGGGCUACCCGGUGCAGCAGCAGAACUUCCACGCCGUGAGGGAGAUGUUCGAGUCGUCGCAGCGCCUGGGCUUGAGCAACUCGCCCGUCAACGGCAACGCGGCGGCGGCAGCCGCCAGCAGCUGCCAAAUGGCCUUCCCCGGCAGCCAGCCGCUCUACCGGCCCUCGGGCGCCUUCGUCUACGACUGCAGCAAGUUCUGACCGAGGAGAGCGGCGAGGGGAGAAGCGGGCCCUCAGCCGCCGCCGCCGCCGCCGCGCUCUGAGGGGACGCUGGAGAAGCCGUGUUUCCACUAUAAACACAAACACACGAACCCGACGCUCGGUGCCCCCGAAGCCCGCGCAAAACCUCCACAGACUCUUACCCAAAGACAUCCUUUUUAUUAACUAAGGACAUGGUUUGUUAAAGGACAGUGUUACUCCAAAUAACACGUAAGUUUGUGCUUUUCUUCCUUGCCUUAAAAACAACCCUCCCCACACCCAAAAAGAGAGGGUGCCUUCUUCCCUCGCCUCCCUCUCCGAGAGGCUCUGCCGGCCGCGUUGUGUGGCUCCCACCCUGCGCGCCCUUUUGCGCCAGCCUUAUUGGCUGCUGGUCCGGCGCUUGGUUGGGCGCCGGCGACUGAGCGCGCGGGAAAUGCCAGCCAACCAGCGGCGAGAGUCUCGCGGGGAUAAGUCAGCGGCUCCAUCGAAUUCCACGGGGUGGUGUGGAUCGCAGCCCUCAAUGAAGGCGCAAUCCGGGUUCGCUCAAGCCCAUACGAGUUUCGCCCCUGAUUUGCAAGCGACGCCGCCUUAGAAAUCCCCUUCCUUUCCUCUCCCCUGCAAGGACUCCUUUAUACGCAAGGAUUUGUUUCGAAAAUGUAAAUGGAUGCAUAGUAAUUUAUUUUUAAAUCUGUAGUUGGAUCUUUUGGACCAAACACCAGAAAGUGUUCUUUUUACCCCACCCCCUCAAUGCUUUCAGAAAGGUUGACUUUAAAAUAACGUUAAACAUUGAUUUUUGUUUUGUUUUAUUUUCAUUUAUAUAUAUAAAUGGGGAGCUGUAUUAAUCUUAUUUUAUCGUUUAUCAUUUUUUCCUUUUUUUGUUGGAGAUACCCUGAAGUUACUGCCUUGCUUGUUUAUUAAUAAAUUACCAUUCAGUUGGACUGAGACCAUAUACGUCUGGAUAUAUUAACCCCACUUUUUAAAGGAAAAAAUUAAAAAUCCUACAGCUGAAA